AUGCAGGGCCUGGGGGAUAGCAGGCCCUCAGAACACAUGGAGGUGAUGUUAAACCUGCUGGGCAGUGAAGAGCCAAAUUUCCUCUUUGUGGAACUGUUUCUGCGACACAUGCCACCUCACGUGCAGACGGCUCUCGCGAAUACAGCCAUUACGGAGCCACGUGCUCUGGCGGAGGAGGCGGACCGGUUCUUCCUGGCCACCCAUCGUUUCGUCCCUGACGUGUUGGCCCCGACACGCAGCUACACCCCCCCUGCUGCGGCCGCUCUGCCUGUUAGGGGGCGCAUGGUAUAG